ACUGGAUUAGUUUGCGAAUUGCGAUGCGCCCGAAGCAAGUAUGAAGGCUUGCUUUGUCCUCAACCCCUCGUUUCUUCUUCUUCCUCCUCCGUCAGACCUCUGUAAUCCCACUCCCGUCAGAACCCAGAGCCGCCCCAACAACAAUCCAUUCUCAGACCCAAUUCCCCAUCUCACCAAUACAUCCUUUACUCAAUCUGUUCGGUUUUCUCGCCCGACAAUCACCGCAAUACAAACAGCAAGAUCCAUGGCCGAGGCCGAGCAGAGCCGGAGCGCUACCGACCCCGUGCCCAGCCCUUCCAUGAAGCUCUUGUUCGUCGAGAUGGGUGUUGGAUACGACCAACAUGGGCAAGAUGUCACGGCCGCUGCAAUGCGAGCUUGCAGGGACGCCAUCUCUUCCAAUUCGAUCCCUGCCUUCCGAAGGGGGUCUGUACCUGGUGUUACAUUUGACCAGAUGAAACUACAGAUUAAGCUGGGAGUUCCACAAUCUCUGCAACAAUUCCUUGAUAUUGAGAAGGUCAAAUCUGUCUUUCCUUAUGGGAAAAUUGUGAAUUUUGAAGUUGUGGAUGGUGGACUGAUAUGCUCAAGUGGUGUGCAUGUGGAAGAAAUGGGAGAUAAGAAUGAUGACUGUUACAUAGUGAAUGCAGCUGUCUAUGUUGGUUACUAGGUCUUGUUCUGCUUGCGACAUAAACAUGGCAACUUUUACAUAGUGGUGAUGUUACAAGUUCACUGUUUAUGUUUAAGUUGGUUUCUAGUUCUUGUUUGGCAAUCUGCUUGCUUGCUUUGUUUUGUGAAUUAGGGUUCUUCUCAUGGUAAUAAAAUAUGGAAACUCCAUUGGUUUUCUUUCAA